AUGGUAGCCACGCGCAAAUCUGCAUCCGCUGUGCCUACGCCGGCUUCGGCCCUUCAGCAAUUACAGCAAGAUCACGAGCUCAAGAUCAUUUCCAUCACAGAGCCACUGAAGCCAAAAGACGUCCCUCAAUCCUCGAAGAAGCGUAACUCAGCUGCAUCAGUCGACAGUGACCAGCAUGUUGACACACAUCCUGCAGCAUUGGAGGCAGACCUAACGCACUACAAGGAGCUGUUCAGCAAGCUGCGCUUCUCUUAUGUAGAGCAAGUCACAAAAGAAAAAUUCCUACGCAAUCUUACCGAAGAUCCGCCACGGCUUGUUGAAGCUACAGAGAACGUCGAAAAAGAAGCCGAAAUCCUUGCGCUUAAAGCGAGCCUGAAGGAACGCAAACUUGAAGUUGCCGAGAUACUGAAGCAAUUGGAGGGGAAAGGCAAAGAGCUCGCUCUGCGCUACGAUGGCAUGCAAUUUAGACGGCAGCAACUAGAGACGCUCCCCGCUGAGAUUGAGGGCCUUGAGACUAGUAUUGCGCAGUUGAAGCAGGAUCAGACACCCACAUCAAGCAACCCAGAACUUGGUUUGCCAUUGCCAGAGACACUUAGGCUACUCACCGAGCGAGAGGCAGAACUGGCUGCAUUGAAUGCGCAAAUUGCACAAUUGCAGUCAUCUCUGCCAAACCGAGCAAAGGAAUUGGAAAAACUGGAGCGCGAGCUCAAACCUCUGGAGACGCAGAAACAUGGCACAGUUGCAGCAGCUAAGGAGGCAAGGCGGAGAAAAGAGGAGGGUGGAGGUAUCGGUGAUGAACUUGAGGAGAAGGGUCGAUGGCUCACGGCCUCUGAAAAGGCACUGAAGGAUAUGCUGGAAGUGGAGGGAUGA